AUGGAAACCCUCAAUGCGUGGGUUGCGGAGGCGGUGCGGCACCAUCUCGGCGAAGAUUACGUGAGCCAAUACUACAGCAGCCGCAACCAAGUAUGCCCAGCUCGAGGACGAGAGAGGGGAGCCGACCUGGAAGUGUUUUUUGCCAACCAAGUGUUCAAACACCACAUUCGUGCAAUGCACGAAACAAACCAGCCCAGCGACACUCCGCUGCGAGUCAUUGUUAAAACGCCGUACGGUCUCGUGAAACAUGAGGAAUACGCAACUACCUCCACCCUUGCCGCCGCCCUUGUCGAACACAUGUCCGAAGCAAUGCAACCCCUCGUGGCUGACAUUCGCCAUGACAAUCGAGGGAUGAUAAAAAUCACGACGAAGAUGCACUUGGAAUGGCACACGGUCAUGGGACGAUUCCCGUGCUCGCUGUGUGGCCUGUACUUCAAUGGCACAAAGGGGCUGCGAGUGCACCGGGAAAUUCAGCACAAUCACUCGUACGUCCAAGCUCGCGAUGAUGCCGUAGCCGCGAGCAAUGUCCAGAUUAUUGCGUAUACGGCUCCUCGGACGAUGUUGCACCAGUGGACUGAAUCGGCCAAGGCAGCAGAGCGCAGACGUCGAGACCUGGAACCUGGCCUGGAUGCAGCCCGACGAGGCGACAUUCCAGCUCUUCAAGCGCUCCUGCAUCAAGGUUGGGAUGCCAAAAGCACGCGCGAUGUGCACGGUAACGAUGCCAUGCUGUGGGCCGCGAUCGAAGGACACUUGGGCAUGUGCAGAUUCCUCCAUGAACAAGUGGGGUUAGAUGCGGCUGCAUUACAAGGAAAGCUUGGUCGAAAUGCGCUACAUUGGGCAGCACGAAACGGUUUCCGUCGCAUUUGUGAAUGGUUAAUCAAUGAAGUGAAGAUUGACGUCGACUGCGCAACGUUGGACGGGACAACUCCACUGCACUAUGCAGUGUAUGGCCAGCAUUUGGACAUCGUGCAAUGGCUCGUCGACAUAGGGUGUGACAUCCACUGCCUGAACGUGUUUGGUUGCAACGCCUCCCAGUGGUGUGCCAUGACCGGCAAUGUUGACAUUCUGCGCUUCCUCGUUGAAAAAGGGCUGGAUUGUUCCGUUCUGAACCGCAACGGACACAGUGCACUGCACAAAGCAGCUCUGAAAGGCCACGAUGACAUGUGCAUGUGGCUCGUGCGACCUGUGUCCGAAGGUGGUGGUGGCCUCCACCGACGGCACAUGCAACCUGACGACGAGGGGUUCACACCCAUGAUGUUUGCAUCGGCAAAUGGACAUACUCAACUGGGCCAUCAUCUCCAGGCAAUGCACGAUGCCCUGACAGCCCCUGAAGCAUAG